UGCAGUCACAUGAAUGUAGGAUCAAAUUCACUUACUCGCCGGCUGGAGCUGUCAGUGACAUUAAGAGCAAGAAGGAGCAGUUAGAACUAACUAGUGAUUUCUUAGAUAAUAUUCCUGAUUCGGUUUUGCACUUUAGUGGAUCUGCAGCUCAUCAUGACAAACAAAUGGUGUGACAAAUACAGAAAAAGCUAAAGAUUCCAGUCCAGAAGAAGUAACUAAUUUGUGGAUAAAAAAAUCCCCAAAGCAUUAACACUGCUUAUGUUUGAGAAGAUUUACACACUGCCACUGGUGAUAUAGGAAGUGAUCAAGCCAUGAAGCCGUCGCUGGACUGAAGUCUUCAUUCAGUCACUGCAGGUGUAGAAACUGAAGUUGCUCUCUAUAGGUUGUGUUGCAUUGCAUGGGCAAACUCAAUGUGUCAUCAAUAGCCGUUCCAACAACCUACAUUUUCCUAGCACCCUGAUCCACAGGUGGCAUUGUAGCAGCUUACUCAUAGGGAUGAAAAGUCACAGCAUGGCAGAGAGACAGAUGUUGUAGGGGUAAAGCAGAGUCUUAUGGCAAAUUGGGAGGAAAUGUACGCUUUUGAAGUACCAAGCGACCAAACCAUGUCUCAGACUGAAGUUGACCUGGCAAGCUGUGGCAUCUCCUUUGCUUCUAUACUGCCAGAUGAUCCUGCUGAGUUGUCCCCUUUAGCUGCAUUGAGGAGACGCAGACUUUCAGGCAAGGAACCUAGACGGAACUCUUACCAGUUUAAUAGGAGGAGUUCAGCUCAGCUUGAACUGUUGGGUUAUGACCCACCUGGGACCUCUUUCUCUGCAUGGUCACCUGAAGAGAGGCCAACUUUGGAAGAAAAAGUAGUACCGAUACCUGAGGUUUCUCCUAUUUGUACCCCCAGUUGCUUAGUGGACAAUGUCCAAAAAGACACACUGUCAACUCCAGGUAAACUGGGUAAGCUUGGGCGCAUCAGCUCUGAAUCUGAAGAUGAAGCUUCUAGUCCGAAAGUAUCUUCCAUCCCUGUUAUCAGACCCAUAUCACUUGAGAAUAGGAAGCAACAGGAAGAGAAUGAGGAGAAUGAGACAAAAGCUGUUGCCACCUCUCCAGACGGGAGAUACUUGAAGUUCAAUAUCGAGAUUGGAAGAGGAUCUUUUAAAACUGUAUACAAAGGAUUGGAUACAGAAACUACUGUGGAGGUGGCUUGGUGUGAACUUCAGACACGGAAGUUAACAAAAGCAGAGCGUCAGCGGUUUAGUGAGGAAGUGGAAAUGCUGAAAGGACUUCAACACCCAAACAUUGUCAGAUUUUAUGAUUCCUGGAAAUGUUUAGUGAAGGGCCAAAUCUGCAUAGUACUGGUCACCGAACUCAUGACGUCAGGCACACUGAAGACCUACUUAAAGAGGUUCAAAGAGAUGAAAUUAAAAGUUUUACAGAGGUGGAGCCGCCAAAUCUUAAAAGGCCUGCACUUUCUCCACACGCGUAGCCCUCCUAUUAUCCAUCGAGACCUCAAAUGCGACAACAUUUUCAUCACCGGACCCACCGGCUUUGUGAAGAUUGGUGACCUGGGUUUGGCUACUCUAAAAAGUGCUUCCUUUGCAAAGAGUGUUAUAGGUACACCAGAGUUUAUGGCCCCAGAGAUGUACGAGGAGAAAUAUGAUGAAGCUGUGGAUGUUUACGCUUUUGGAAUGUGCAUGCUUGAAAUGGCUACAUCUGAAUAUCCGUACUCUGAAUGUCAGAACGCUGCUCAAAUCUACCGCAAAGUGACCUCGGGCAUGAAGCCAGACAGCUUUUAUAAAGUUAAAGUCCCGGAACUUAAAGAGAUCAUUGAGGGCUGUAUACGCAUGAACAAAAAUGAAAGGUACACUAUCCAGGACCUCCUGGAACAUUCCUUCUUUCAAGAGGACACCGGAGUCCAUGUUGAACUGGCUGAAGAAGACGAUGGAAUCAAACCAGCCUUAAAACUGUGGCUGAGGAUGGACGAUACAAAGAAACUUCAUGGAAAAUAUAAAGAUAAUAAUGCCAUUGAGUUUCUCUUUGAGUUGUGCAAGGACAUUGCGGAAGAGGUAGCUCAGGAGAUGGUGGUGUUGAACUUUGUGUGUGAAGCUGACUAUAAGCUGGUUGCUAAGGCCAUUCGUGAUCGUGUAAUGUCCAUAAAAAGGAAGCGAGAGAAAGUGAGAAGAGCCCAGGAAGAGCUGAAUAAAAAAGAGGAAGAGAAACAACAGAACAUCCUUAAACUUCUUGAGCAGCUCAGAGAUGCUCAGAGCACCUCUUUGACCUCUACCUCGGAUACAGCUGCCACAGCCUCCUCCUUCCCUGCAAACUCUGACUCUGCUGAUUCUGUAUCCAUUGGGGCUUUCCUCCCUGAGCCAGAGGAACCAGAGGCUGAUCAGCAUCACCCCUUCAACUUCAGGCACACAUGCUACUCAUCUGCCACAUCUGACUGUGAGACAGAUGGAUACCUCAGCUCCUCUGGAUUUAUGGAAUCUAUGGAUGGAUCUCAAAGACCCUCAAAUGAUGUCUCAUUUGAGGAUCCCAACAGCCCCCCCAGCACCCAGCCAGAAAUCUGCUUUCCUGGGAGUAUUGCUGUGACUGUGAAUCCAGAGCAGCUGCCAUCUUCUGGGUUACCCAGUGAUGUCAUCUCACCUGUGGACAGCUAUGCCUCGGAUGUGGCAUCGGGUCAAAGUGAUGGCUAUGAUGGUCUUUCAGCUGGAGAGCGAAGUGUUAAGUCACCUGUUAAGAGAACAGCUGCCAAACUCCUCCGGCGUAAAGCAAGAUCCAGACUUCGUAUUAUCAACAUUUCAGAUAAAAGUGAUCGAGUUGUGGAGUGCCAGCUGCAAACUUAUAACAACAAGAUGGUAACAUUUAAAUUUGACCUGGAUGGAGAUAACCCAGAGGACAUUGCUGCAGUAAUGGUAAACAAUGAGUUUAUUAUGCAGUCUGAAAGAGAGAGCUUUACCAACAGGAUUAAGGACAUUAUCCACAGGGUGGAAACUCUGCUUAAGAAAGAGCCCAAUGAGAACAAGGAUGAAGAAGAUGGAGAGGAGUUGGCUGAUAGUCCUUCAAUGUCUUCAGUUCCUCCUAACCUCCAGGCUGACCUUCAGCUUCAAGAGUUAUCUCGCUCUUUCUCCUCCUCAUCUCUGAGUGAUCUCGUCAGUACAAGCCCUAACAAAGGAAUCCAUUCCCCAGGUCAGAACUACCAGAGCAGCCCUGUUCUUGACAAUGAAGUGUUUGGCUCAUCUGGACCUUUACACAUGGCACCUGAUCUUGGGUCUACAACUCAUCUACCACCUAUGUCCAUAGGUUCACCUUCAUCAGCCAGCAGAACGUGGCCUUCUUUUGGAACAGCCUCCAGUCAAGCAGUACCAUUUUCAACCAGCUAUUCUUUGCCAAGCUCACAAACCUUUCCACCCAUGGCCUUCAGUUCCAUACAGUCUAGCAACUACCUCUCUUCUCUCCCCCAGCACAUGAUGCCUACUUCUUCAGCAGGAACUAUGAACUCCCACAAUCUUGUGUAUCCUAACUUAAUGAGCUCUUCAAUGAAUCACCAGAAUCAUUUUCAACAAAUGCUCAACAGUGGGAUGGUGCCUCAAAAUAUGAACAAUUCAGUGCCUGGUCAUGCAGCUUCUGCUCAGUCAGGAAACCAGUGGUCUGCCAAUGCGCCUAUGUUCUCCUUGGCCAAUGUCCUUUCCUUGGCUAUGAGCAUGGCACAGACAUUGUUACCAGUGGCAUCUCCUUCCACUACUCAAACACAAGGAAUUCCACCUGGAGGACCCAUUUUUCCACAAGCAAUUCCUGGUCAUGUUCAAUCUCCUUUAAUGUAUCCAACAAGUUAUUCUCAGCCUCAGAGUCCAGUUAAACCUUCACAUGGUCCUUGCCCUUUCUUAUACCCUGGCUCCACACACUCCAGUGCUAUGUUCAGUCAGAACAUGCCUGUCCAAACAUUUUCCAACAAUAGUGGCACCUACUCUCAGCCCUUCUCCAACCAGGACUCUGCUCAAUACAGUGGAUUUUUUGCUCAGCAAAUGCCACCUACAGGAACACCAGGAUACCCACUGCCUCCUGCUCAGCAGAUGACGCUGCCACCUUCUCCAGGACUUGCCCGGGACAUGCCAGAGUUGCAGCCUAUGCUAGGAGGAUUCACCGAGGUGUCUCCUGCUUCUCUAGGAAAUCAGACUUCUGAGGCUGCAGGAUCUGUCGUGGGACAGUCUAUGAACAAACCUGUGCAACCUGUAGCAUCUGAAUCCAGCCUUCUGCCACCUGUAUCCCCAACCAAGGCCAUGCCAGCCAGUGUCAUCACCAACAAUAGUCAAUCAAAGGUCGUAGGAAGGUUUCAAGUAACAAUGUCCAAAGAACCCAGUGAAAGUAACAAAGAGUUAAACAACAGUCCUGAAACAUCCCAGACAUCAGAUAAAACUUCUUUAGACACGUCUGAGAUGUAUGAGACUGCAUCCUCUGACACAGACAUCACUACCGAUGAAGAUACAGAGGAAAAUGACUUCUCAGAACCUGAGAUCGCAACCCCCAGUGCCUUGGAUGUGGCUGUAGAGGAUAAUUAUAGGCAAGACAGCGGUUCUGAAUCUGAGACCUAUAAGCAGGAUUGGCCUGAAAAUUAUGGUGAUGAUAAGAGAAAUGGAUUCACCACUGCUAGAAACAGCCUAGAAACAGAAGAAAUAAACAUGUGUGUUCUUAACAACAAUUCCACCACAACAAACGGUGACAUUCAGCACUGCAGCAACUCCAGGAAAGAGUCUCAUAGUAACUCUAGUUUGAUGGUGAAUGGAGAGGUCACAGAAGACAAAAACAAAGUAGCUGCCAUAUUUGAUGGAAAGGAUAUGGACAGCAAGUCUUCAAGUGACGGGGAAAACACAGAGAAGACACCUCAACAGAUCUCCACAGUCCAGGUCUGGUUGCAUUAUACAAGAGGUAUCGCCUACCUUAGCAGCGAUGACACUGAGAGUGAAGAUGAGGAGAUAUUUGAGGAGCUACAGCAACUCAGACAAAAGCACAUGUCUGAGGUGCAGCUGUUACAGGCUCUACAAAAGAAGGAGAUUGAAGAACUGUAUUGUAGGAUGGGCAAGGUGCCUCCUCCAGGGAUUGUGUCUCCAGCAGCCAUGUUGUCCAGCCGACAGCGGCGCCUCUCCAAAGGCAGCUUCAACCCUUCCAGGAGGAACAGCCUGCAAAGACUGGAGCUUGUGCCAGCGUCAGGAAUUAUAAGGAAGAAUUCAGUUGGCGGCAGUAGCACUGGUUCGCAAGAGCAACGUUCCAACAAAGGGGUCAUGUUCUCUGGAGACGUUACAAGAAUGAUUACUACAGGAGGUUUUCACAGUGAUGUUUGUGAUCAGGAUGAAAAGGGAAAAGUUAAGUAAAGCCUUCAAAGAACAAAACACUUGAAAAUAAGUAAUAACUGAACUACCUCAGCGGACUUAUUUCUGCCAAAUGAUGAUACCCAAGGGAACUUGCAAGGACAGUGGCUUAGUGAGCAAAGUAUAUGGCAAGAUCUGUUUUCUAGGGCUGUAUGUAACGCACUGAGAGCCAAUGGUGUUUAUAUACAUACUAUUAUGGGUAGGAGAAGCUGUAUCCUGGACAUUUGAAUAGAAUGGACAGUUUUAGAAGAUACGUUCUUGUGCCAACUAUUUGUGUCCAGUUUUAAGAAGCUAUCUAGAUAUCUUCAAUAAUAACAAUGGCAGAGGGAGAUUGUCAGUGACAAUAUUAAGCCUUUGACAGCCAACAGCUUAUUAUCUUUCAUUAGAAGCUCUGUAAUUAUAGUCAGUGGGUAUAGCUUUCAUGCACUUUGGACUUCUUUAGUAGAAAUCUGGAAAGUAAUUUUAUACCUGCCAACAUCAUCUGCCUUUUCCAUGUGAAUCUACCAUUAACUUGAGCUUGUAUUGAACUAUAAAGCUUUAUUAAGUUGAACACAAGAAACUUAAGAGAUGUGGCCUGGCCUAUUAUAGGCUGAAAAUGAUGACUGUGAAAUGGAGCAGCAGUUCUCAGAUCUUCAUGGAUGAAAAACACGCCAGCAAGGCCUGUUUGGGGGAUUAUUUUAUUCUGCAGCUGAGAGCAAAAACAUUUUCAUACUUUGGUUCAGGUCUCUACAGUUUGUAAAGAUACCAAAUAUGAUAAAGGGGUUUGAUGAUAAGUUGUUUGCUUGAUCAUGCAGCUGUAAGUAGCACUGCUAAGCAAUGUGAAAAAAUUAGGUUGAGCAAUAUAAAGUUGCCUUUUAUAUAUAUAUAUAUAAUAUUUAUAGUUUUACAAGGCCCAACCAUAUUGUGUCUUGUUGACUCAUCCAUUUAGCGGAUGACAUAGGCUGCAUUUAAUAUGCAGGAAGCCCAUAAUGUUCAAAAGCAUCAUGUAUAUGGAGAUGGGUAUAUGAUUGUCAAAAGCUGGACUCAUAACUUCUGGAGAACCAUUUUAUACAUGAUUGUGAUAAAUUAAUGUGCACAAUUCAUCAUACAUAUCAGACAUAUGUCAAUAUUUGUGGAAAAUGCAUAUAUUGUCCUUAAGUAGAGAAAUAGGUGUUUUAGCCUUACGAAUUGAAAACAAAAUGCCUUCACAGUGGAUGAUGGUGGGUUGCAUGCCUAGCAGCCCACUGUGACUUAUUAUUAACCAUUGUAUGUUCCAAUGUACCAAACCCCCGGAAAUUAGAUUUAUGAGAAAUGUAUGUUUCAAAAUGCUUUGUGAUGACAAAUCACUGUAUAUACUUGAAUAUUAUAUUAUUUUCCCCUAAUUUUUAGCAACUGAAAAAAUGUAUUGUCACAUCGAAAAUCUCAUCUUAUUUAUCUUAGCACAUUAUUGUGUUUUGCACAGGUGGGGCCUUGGGGUUACACUUUUUAUAGUUUUGGUAGCGGUAGUGCACAGUCAGGGUACAAGUCUGGGUGGUAUAUUUAAAGGGACAGACUUUUAAUAGAUAAAAUUUAAAUAUGUUUGAUUUCUGUUUUUUAAAAUAUGUAGACAUGCAAAGUUUCAUAGAUAUUUUAAUUGUACUAUUAAGAGGUUUCAAUUUUAAGGAGGUAGGUACCCCCAACAGAAGGUGCAGCAAAACCUUUUUUUAUUAUUUAUUUUUAUUAGAAGAUAACAUUGAUUGAAACAUUAUUGUCACAGUCACUGGUAAUGAAAUAUCUGACAUAGGUUACGGCAGGUGCAGAAAAAUGUUAUUAGAACUUGCUCUCAGAUAAUAUGAUACUUUAUUCAAUAAAAUAAUAAUAAUUUUUAUAUAAAUAUAUAUAUAUUCUAGUUAAAAAACGAUUAAAUAUUGAUUAUUAAAGGGAUAUAAAAGUGCAAAAAUAUAAUGCUCUAAUAUGUUGGAGUAUGCUUAUUGCAAUAUUGCUUGUAUAUUAUUGUGUGUUUAUCCCUGCAAAGGGAUUAAACACAUAGUUAAAGUGAGCUUCAGAGCAGUAAUGCACUACUAGGAGCUAGCUAAAAACAUCUGGUGAGCCAAAUAGUGUAGCCACCAAUUAGCAGCUAUUUUCCAGUAGUGUAGGAUAUGUACAUAUUAUCUUUGAACAAAGGAUACUAAGAGUACAAAGUAAAUGUGAAAAAAAUGACAUGCUCUAUCUGAAUCAUGCAAGUUUAAUUUUGACUCUCCUAUCCCUUUGAACUAACUUACAUGCAAAACCCUUAUAAGGGUUAAACAAUGAGAUCUAAAAUAACCAUGUUGCUUAUUGCUAAAAUAUAUGUCCUAAAAAAAUAUAGAAUAUCUAUGAAACAUUGCAUCAAUAAAAAGGGUAAAAUACUGACUUUGUGCCCUUUUAAUAUUAGAAGAUGGCAAUGCUGCUCAAAUGAUAGCCAUGAAGAUAGUAUUCCUGUAUGACAGAAAAGAGAGGGACAGAAUAAAUGUGGUACAAAUGUGAUUGAGAAGAGUUGAAAAGAAGAGGGAGGAGGGAAGCACAUGCUGAAAAGGUAGGAAACAGAACAAAAUGAUAGGGAGCAGGGAAGGUGAGUGUGGGGAGAGGAAGAGGAGGAACGAUACAGAGAGAGCAAAAUAUGACAGAAGCUGGACACGUAGCUAGAAAGCAAUACAAGUAAUAUAUGUUUACUUGAUUUCAUUAGUGAAAGCCAACACUAGUAAUAGUGAAAGGGUUGGCUGCUUUCAACCAUCUACUUGUGAAUUAUGUCUUGAGAGUGUUCAGGAACUGUUCUUAUGCAAGGGACAGCGCUUAAGCAAGAGAGAAGAAGAUGACAAUUUAUCAAUGCAAGUGCACAAAAUGUCUUCAAACACCUUCAGAACACACAUUUUAUUUAUUCACCUUCUGAUACAACUAAACAUCUAAUGAGGUCAUGAUGGUAUCAGCUAUGGCAGAAAUACAUCUAAAUCCUCCCUAUCAUCAACACAUCUACACUUGGGUCCUUGGACCUUUAAUCAUAUCUAAUCCUGAAAUUAUUCCUUAAAGAAAUUGCAAUAGGACUUAAAGCAGAGGAAAGAGACAUGAUUAAUAAUUGAUUUCAGGACUUACAGCAGCGUUUUUAUGUUAUUUCCUAUAUCUAACAUCUACAAUUAAACCAAUUUUCAGGAUUCUUUGUGUGUCCAAAGUCUUGGUGCUUCUCUUCUCCAGGUUAAAGGGAUAUUAAACAGUAUGAGAUUAUAAUACAAAAUGUUUAAUUAUGUGUAUACAAUCAUUUAUUUUGUCACCUUUUCCUGUAAUUUACCGUUGAAAAUGGUUGAUUUUCGGAAUUCUACUGAGUUUCCAUAAAGUAAUGGGUGCCGCCGUAUUUCCCUGUAUCUCACCUGCUGGGGACAAUUAGGGGCCGAUUUAUCAAUGUCUGUCCGACAUGAUACGCUGUAGCGUAUCAUGUCCGACAGACAUCGCUGAAUGUCGACAGCAUAUAUCAUUUCACAAGCAUUUCUAGUGAACUGCUUGUGCAAUGCCGCCCCCUGCAGAUUUGCGGCCAAUUAGCAGCUAGUAGGGGGUGUCAAUCAGCCGAUCGUAUAGUAUCGGGCGUAUUGAUGUCUUAAGACCGCUGCUUCAUAACUGCAGAUUCCGGCAAGCCUGAAGGCUGGCACGAAAAAAGGGGCAUCUGAUAUAAAGCACACAAUAAAAGAGACUGCCCAUACAAGGCUGUAAAGGAACAUAGUAUCUGAAAGGCCUUGUUUGCACAUAGACAAAUAGAAAACGAGUGCAAACAUGGCAGCGCACAUCACUCUAUAGAAACUAAAGUACUUUAUAAACACUAAACCUAUGUAUCUAAAUUUACGUAUCAUUCUUAAGCUAAUAUUUGAUUUAAAUACAUCAUUAUGUCUAGCAUGUACUGUUUAACAUCCCUUUAAGUAUCACAGAAAGGGACCUUAUCUGGGAUCAGCCAGGGCUUGCAAUUUUAUACAGGUCCUUUCUGAGGUUUUCACUGUAAACUAUCAGCAAUCACUGUCAUUAACUAACUAUUGCCCCACACUAGAAAGUAAAAAAGGGACACGCAUGUUUACUGGCGCUAAUCUGUGGGCUUUACAAAAGAGGGCUUCAAUAAUAGGGGAAAUGUUUGAAGUUAUAAUUAAGAGAAAAAAAAAUCACCACUCAGUUGAUUGUGUAGAAAUGCCUAUUUCUAGAGGUUGAAAUGUAGGUAUAGACAUUAUUACUUUCAUAUCAGAAAAAACAAGACAAUAUUCUUACAAAUGCCAUAAGUUCACAACAGACGAGAGCACGGAUAAAACACUUUUACAAUCAAUAAAUUAACAAAAGAUCAUUUAUACCACUGACUGGUAAACGCUAAAGUGGUUGUGAUUUAAUUAUUUGAAAAAAUAUGAAUAUCCAUCCAACAUAUUGAAAGGUGACAAAAUCUACAUUGUGGAAAAGAAGGGGCAGGCAUGUCUGCAAACAUAAAAAUCCUACCACAAAUAAUAUGAUCAGAAGAGAAUUAGCAAUAACAUUCUAAGAUAACUUCAUGCAUUUCACAUCCACAAUGUUUAUGUGGUUUCCAGGAUUUGCCAAGCCCUGAUAUGGCUGUAUUUCUGUUAAUAAUGGGUCAUGUGACCCUCAAUACAAAACCACAUCACUGUCAUUUCACUUCAGUUUUAGAUGGAAUUGACAUUGUUUAUUACACAAAUUCACUGUCAUUUAGUCAUUUUCUGUCUGUGACUGCAACUGGAAUUUAAUUUAAAAAUGAAUAUAACUUAAGACAUGUUGCUGUAUGUUUAAAAAUUAGUCACCAUGUACACAAUUUUAGCUUUAGCACUGUAACGUGUAACCAAGGCUGCUCAUGUAUUGUAUAAAUGUAUUGAAAAAUAUAUAAAACAAUGAAUAAAUAUUUUACACAUGCAAAAAUGUAUUUUUAUGUAAUUUUAGCAACUCAGAUGCUUGUAACUGGAUAGUUUUAAUUUGUAUAAUUAAAAAUAGAAUAUAUCAAAAUGUUUUGGGUAAAUUACGUUAGAAUAUUUUGUUUUAUUAAAGACAGGUCAUACAUUUUAAA